UUCAACUUCAACUUCAACCGGUUGUUCUUCGUGCAGGAUGCUCGUGAUCAUGGCUGCAUUCUAAUUUCUAAUAUUCACUGAGGCUUCUUCCAAGAUUGCAAACGGCUGAAGAUCACACCAGCUGAUCGUGAGCUUCAAUUGUCGUCUGACGUGGAAGGAACCACUGUAGCAUUCAUCGAAGCGGGCAUCUGCUGGGGGUCAGCUGGGUGGCGCUUUGUAGGCUGGCUUCAGGGCAUCGAGUAGGCCAUCUUCAAGCAGCCUUCUCUGAUUGCGAAAUAGCUGGCCAUCAAACAUGUCACUAAGUUGUUAUCACAGCGUGAACACUGCUUGUAUCAAUCGCAGCGCGAGUGGCCUUAGUGGUAAGAAACAAGGUUGGGAAAAGUCCGCUUCCAGGUUGCGUUCAACAAUUUCAAAUACCAAGGGGGCUGAUGCAGAUGGUGGUAUGCAUCAACCAAGAAGCAGGCCAACGAGGCGCUGCAGUUUGUCACAACAUACGCCGCCAGUGUGCGACAGAUCGACUGCAAUGUUACAAAAGAAUGCCGUCUCUGAUGUGACCACGCCUGAAGAACCAAAGGACAAGCGACAAAAGAGAUUGCUAAGAACUGAAAAGGAGGGUCAAGGCCGAAGACAGUUUUUGUCCUGGCUGCUUGGUGGAGCCUUGGCUGACUGGUCGAGGUUGCAAUGGCCGGGCCCUGCGAGUGCAGCCGGCUGGGGGCUGCCUUGGUCCACCCCUGCGGUUCAAACUGCUCCGUCCGAAGGCACUUGUGCAACAUGUAUUGGAGUUGUAGACGACACGCUAGCCAGUUGCGGUUCAAUAACAAAUUGUGUGUCUUCAUUCGAUGACAGACCUCCCUUCUUUUGCGCACCCUGGGAGUAUCCAGCCAGCCUCCCUGAAGCGGUCCGCACUUUGGAACAGCAGAUCGAGCGACUAGGGGGCACCGUGAAUGAGGCGCAGCAAAAGUAUGUCUAUGCGACAUUCGUAGAUGAAGACGGUGUCAUAGACGACGUUGAGUGGCUCUUUAGCGAUUCUGCAUCGGACCGCAUAGUCCAAAUCCACGCAGCUUCCCGCGCCCGCGAGCAGCCAGACGGCGGGCGCAACGCGACGAGGCUCGAAAAGAUUAGGGCGGGGCUCCAGUGGGAGCAGGUGCCCAUACUCCGCAAUCGCGUCCGCAAAUUCUACUUCAUCGAGUCACCGUGGGACACAUUUGGUCCCGAGCCUCCACCAGGUAGCUACGACUAUGACAACGGCUUCGAUUGAGUUCGACAUCAAAUGGCGACCAGCCUGCCAAAUCUUGGUGAAUCAAGGCUAAAGUAAGAAGUGGGGGGUACUGUUGAAUGAAACUUCCGACUAAAGAUUGCAGCAAAGCUUCCCCUUGGAAGAUGGAUACUUCUUAUUAUGAUGAAGAUCAACCAUGCAAAACAAGUUGCCAAGUAUCAGUGCGGUGACCCUGUUAUUUGGAUCGAGACGGUUGCCAUAUCUAGCAGCUCGGAGCUACUGGAGUUGGUUUAUAAC